AUGCCUGGUCCUCCACGUAUCCGAAAGGAAGAUGCAGUCAAGGAAUCACUCAAGAAUGGAGAGCUCACCGAAAUGACUAUUGACGAACGAGUCAAGACCCUUCUCGAGUGGGCGAUGAAGUUGAAGGCCCUCGAAGGCGAACCUCACGAGGUUGCUCUCGGCCAAGACACAAACACCCCCGAGAUAAGAAGCAUGAUCCGCCAGGCCGGUGCUCGAGGUAUUGUCCUUCUCAAGAACGAAGGCAGUAUUCUUCCCCUGACGAAAGAAAAGGUUCAGAAGAAGAAAGUUGCCAUGAUCGGAUUUGCCAAAGACGCUAUGGCUCAUGGAGGCGGUAGCGCUGCUGUCAACGCGUAUCGAAAGGUUACCCCUUGGCAAGGUCUCCACGAAGCUCUGGGAGAAGACGUUGAGUUUGUGUUUGCUAAGGGCGCCCAUAAAGAGCGACUACUACCUGCAAUCCGCCCAGAUACCUCUGUGGGGACAGUAGUCGGCCUUGAUGGUAAGCCCGGCUUCAGCAGACAACUGUUCAAGGAGGGUGAGGAGACACCAGUGUCUACAACCGGCCAGCCAACGUCAGCGUACUCACCACUAGGCUCUCAAGAGUCCCUUUGGCGAAGGUUGGAGAUCGUCGGGGACUUUACACCGUCUGAGAAUGGAAGUCAUUACAUCGCCUGUUCUGGCCUGGGGCCAACCCGGGUCUACGUUGAUGGCGAGAUCAUCUAUGAACAGACAGCCAACUGCACGGAUCCAAUGGGUUCCCUCUUCCUUGCUGCGCCCGAGCCCGAGUUUCGGCACAGGUUCGAAGCAGGCAAGACGUACCGUCUUCGCAUUUGUAGCGAUCCACCAACCAAGAUUGGUCUGACAAUUCUCGAAGGCCGAAGUGGUGUCCGUGUCGGCUUCUCUCUUGAGUCCGACCAUGAUGCGGAUCUUGUCGGUGAAGCAGCACAAGUCGCUCAAGGUGCGGACUACGCGAUCGUCUUUACUGGCCAUGACCCGCAGUGGGAAACUGAAGGUCGUGACCAAGACUCGUUCAAUCUGCCUCGCAAAGGCACUCAAGAUGCACUUGUGUCAACGGUCGCGUCAGUCAAUCCUAACACAAUCGUGGUUAAUUCCACAGGUGUCCCCAUUGCUAUGCCCUGGCUGGAGAAAGUACCAGCUGUGGUGCAAGCCUGGUUUCCAGGUCAAGAAUGUGGUUACUCUAUAGCUGACGUCCUCACGGGCGCUGUCAACCCCGAGGGACGCUCGCCAGUCAGCUUCCCUAAGAACAUUGAGGAUAGCCCAGCAUACGGCAACUUCCCAGGCGAAUAUGUGGAUGGGCAGCUCAAGGUGAAAUACGAGGAAGGCAUCUUCAUCGGCUACCGCCACUUCGAUCGCUUACCUAAGGAGAAGGUCAAUUUCCCAUUCGGUCAUGGGCUCUCGUAUACUACUUUUGAGUAUGAGCUGAGCAGCGUUUCCCGGGACGGGAGCGACUGGUCUGUGGUUGCUCGAGUAGCUAAUACUGGUAAGCAAGCUGGAGGAGCAUUGGUACAGGUCUACUCCGGACGGGCUGAGCAAUCCCCGGUCCAUCCUAUCAAGACUCUUGUAGCGUUUAGGAAGGUUCAACUGCAGCCUGGUGAGAAGCAAGAAGUUCGACUUGCUGUGAAAGAGCGAGAUCUGGCGUAUUUCGAUACCAAUUUGAAGAAGUGGGUAGUUGACGAAGGCGAGUACCGCUUCUCGGUGGGUGCAUCUGCUGCAGAUAUUGCAGGCAGUGUUGAUGUUAGAACGGAGCAGGCAAAGUUUGACCCAUAG